AUUACAGCUCCUCCUUAUUGGAUCCAGCAGUUCAUCAUUUUUUCUUAAACCCUAAUCAGUUUCUCUAAUUAAUUUUAAUGUAGCAAGAAGUCCUAAUGAGAGAAAAACAGAGAUUAGAGGUGAAUUACUUCAUUAAAUUUUGUAACCACAUGACAGAAAUUCAAACUGAUAUGCCAGCAAAAGCGUUUUCUCUUAAUAAACAAAUUCAUUUAAAAUUGCUUGCCAGUAACUACAGAGGGAGACACUCCACCCCCAACCCUCUUUUAUUCUCCCUCCCUGCCUCUGAUACACACUCUCACACUCAGUUGCACACAUGCCAGGAUCCUCACACUGUACCUGAGCACUCCACUCCACGCAGCGACCACCCACGCUGGGAUCCAGCGCGCAAGAGACGGACAGAGUGGAAGGAACCCACUGCCUUCCACAGCUGCACAGAUCCUUGGAGUCUCUUCAUCAUCUUUCCCCCACCAACACCCCAUCAUCAUCAUUAUCAUCAUCAUCACAGUCCUUUCAAGCCAGUUAGAUCAUGAAUCUGCUCUUUUCUGGUUGCUAAGGAGGGAAAAUCGAGCUCCGAGGAGUGGACGAGGCGGUACUUAUUAAGAGACAGAAAGAGAGAUCAAGAGACCAAGCAUGGCCCAGGCCUCUCAGGACCAAGGUGCAGUGGGCGUGGCCGACCCAGAUGAGGACUCGCCCAACAUGAUUGCUUACAGGAAGAUUGAGGACAUCAUCACACGCCUCCAAGAUGAAACUGAAGGUGUGCCUGUCAGAACGGUCAAGAGCUUCCUGUCCAAGAUUCCCAGCGUUGUUACAGGUUCUGACAUUGUUCAGUGGAUGAUGAAGAACCUCAUCAUAGAUGACCCUGCUGAGGCCAUACACAUCGGCAGCCUGAUCGCCGCCCAAGGCUACAUAUUCCCCAUCUCUGAUCAUGUUCUCACCCUCAAGGAUGAUGGGACAUUAUACCGCUUUCAGGCUCCAUACUUUUGGCCCUCUAAUUGCUGGGAGCCAGAGAACACAGACUACGCCAUCUAUCUGUGCAAGCGGACUAUGCAGAACAAGACCCGGCUGGAGCUGGCGGACUAUGAGGCGGAGAAUCUAGCGAGACUACAGAGGGCUUUUGCCAGGAAGUGGGAGUUCAUCUUCAUGCAGGCUGAGGCACAGGUCAAGAUCGACAGGAAAAAAGACAAAACGGAGAGAAAGAUUCUGGAUAGUCAAGAGAGAGCCUUCUGGGAUGUUCACCGUCCCGUGCCUGGCUGUGUUAACACCACAGAGAUGGACAUCAGGAAGUGUCGUCGCCUGAAGAAUCCUCAAAGGGUGAAAAAGUCAGUGUAUGGGGUAGGGGAUGACACACAGACUCAGAGUCCUGUACACACACCCUCACUGCAGAACAACAAGGGCACCAGAGAGGACGUAGAGAAAGAGAUUCUGUUCUUGAACACUCAGUUGGAUCGACACUGUAUGAAAAUGUCCAAAGUCGCUGAGACAUUGAUGAGCUAUACAGAGCAGUAUCUUGACUAUGACCCCUUUGUGACAGUACCAGAGCCAGCUAACCCCUGGAUCAGUGAAGAUGUCACAUUCUGGGAGCUCGAGGCUAGUAAGGACCCGAGUCAACAGCGAGUAAAGAAGUGGGGCUUCUCGUUGGACGAGGCUUUAAAGGACCCAGUGGGCCGUGAGCAGUUUCUUAAAUUCCUGGAGUCCGAAUUCAGCUCCGAGAACCUGCUGUUCUGGUUGGCUGUGCAGGAUCUGAAAUGCCGCCCCCUGCAGGAAGUGGCGGCUCGUGCUCAGGAGAUCUGGCAAGAGUUUCUUGCUGAGGGAGCUCCCAGUGCCAUCAAUCUAGACUCACACAGCUACGAGCGCACCAGUCAGAAUCUAAAAGACCCGGGCCGCUACAGCUUUGAAGAUGCCCAGGACCACAUCUACAAGCUGAUGAAGAGUGACAGCUACCCUCGUUUCCUGCGCUCCAAUGCUUACCAGGACCUCCUGCUGGCCAAAAAGAAGCCUGAGACUGAGCAAGGCCGCCGCACAUCCCUGGAGAAAUUCACUCGCAGUGUGGGCAAGUCUCUGACAAGUAAACGACUGACAGGCCUCAUGCAGUCCUCCUGACCAGUCCUGCUGUUUGCAGUUUGUUGAGGUGGAAGGACUGUGGCCAUGACAGACCACGUGUAUGGACCACCCUCUCUCCAAAAUCCACCCAAACACCGCACAGCUACCGACACUAGAUGGCAGCAUGCAAUAAGUCCAAACAAAAAUCUCCAAAUGGCGACAGUGCUGUCUGUGUCUUUUAAAUCAGUAACUGAUUUUCAGUAUACAUGAAUGUCAGAUUUCCCAGUACCAUCUAGAGAAGCAUUUUACGUUUGAUACUUAUAACCAAACUGCGGCAAGGACAGGACUGUCUCGCUGGAUUACCGAUUCCAAAUGUUUAUCAUCAGAUAUGAAAACAAGGUGUGCUGUAAUCAGUCCAGUAUGUCAACACUAAGCAUUCUGAUGAAGCGAAGAUGUGUUUCAAAUCUUCAGAGCAUUCCAAAGGGCUUUCAGUGACUGUGUUCCCUCAUUCAAGGUUUGCACAGAACUUUUCGUCAUAUACUUUCUGUUGGACAGUCACUGAAUAUGAAGAAUGAAAGUGGAAACGAUGGGGUUUGGAAAAGCACAUUGUUAUUACUCCUGCCAUUUUAAAGAAAGUAGAAUUAUUCAUUGCGUCUUCAGGCCGUGUUAUACUCAACUACAGUAUUAGCACAUGCUACUUCUAAAUGAGAUGAGAAAAUGGCCAAGAGCUAUACCUUUUAGACAGUUUUAUUGAGGAAUAAAAAAAAUAUUGACCAGGAUAAUAAAAAGUGUUAGAAUUUCAGGAUGAUUCAGAGCACAGAAUAUUGCUUUUGCACAAAAUCCCUCAGAUGCAAGUCCUGCUUGGUCAGUGUGUUUCCUGAACAGCUUUACAAAAUCUCCAAAUAACAACAUUAAAUUAUUUAGGAGCAUCUAUGGAGGACCAUUUCGUCACAUAAAAGAUCAUAAUUGUGACUUUUCAUAAUUCUGAGAGAAAAAGUCAAAAUGAUUGCAUGCUAAGUCAAUUAUUAGAUAAAAACACUGAAAUUUAUAACAUAAAAGGCCAAAAUUAUGAGAUGACAAAAAUUAUGAUUAUUACAAAAGUCAACCUUCACCGUCAUAAUUAAGAUUUUAUCUCAUUAGUGUGACUUAAUAUCUCAUUUUGAUUUUUUAUUUCAGAAUUAUGACGUAGAAUCUCAAUUUUGAAACCAACACAUUGGUCCUUGUCGACUAUGUUUGUCUUUGCUUUAAUGAAUGGUAUUGUAAAUUCUGUGUAGAACGUAAGCGCUUAAUGUUGCUUUGUGUCAGUGUUUUGAUUAAUAUGAUGGUGAUUAUGAUUUGCUCUGAACACAGGGGAUCACAUCCUUUCACUUUCAACAUAUCAACAGUAGAUUACUAUCCACUACUAGAAAGGAGUUUGGACAUUGAAUAGCCAACCAAUCUGCAUUUCUGUAUUUUUUUGCUUGCAUCGUUUCCUGAAGCACCAUCACUGCCAGAAACACAUAGACUUGUGCUGCUGGAAGACAUGAAUUCUCUCAGCUGUAAACGCAGUCAAAUGGCAGAACAGAAAUGUGUGCAGCUGACGUAGCACGUUUCCUCUACACAUAUUCAGGUAGUUGAUUUGUUGACUCAUAACUGUACAUUAGGUUGAAAUGGAAUGUAUAGACUUUGCAGCAAUCCUGGAAAUGGAAGAUGCUGUGUAGAAUACUGAACGUGGAAUAUAACUUAGAGGCACAAGUGCCAUAUUCAGCACAAAACUAUGCAUGGAAUAUUUCUAAAGAGAUUUAUUGCUUUUAGGCUUUUUUUCAUUGGGAUCCAGUAGAUAAAGCUAAUGGAAAGGAGGACCUGAGUCCUGAGACAUUCAAUAAACAUUCAGAGUUCUGGAA